GGGCGGGGCCUGGGCGGGCACGCGGAGUGUGAACGUUCGGCGGGAGACUGAGGCCUGAAUGGCGCCCUCUCAGCAGUCUCGGGUCCUGCGGUGCUGCAGCUGCCACCUCUUUCAGGCGCAUCAGGUGAAAAAGAGUCUCAAAUGGACAUGCAAGGCUUGUGGAGAGAAGCAGUCCUUUGUGCGGGCUUAUGGUGAAGGCUCUGGUGCUGACUGUAGACGCCAUGUCCAAAAGCUAAAUCUGCUGCAGGGACAAGUGUCAGAGCUGUCACUCAGGUCUGUGGCCAAAGCUGCAAGGGAAGAGGAAAAGGCAGGCCCUCAGCAGACUGAGAACGGCAGGCAGCAGGCACUGUCUGAGCCCCUGGAGUCCCGUUGGCUGAAGUAUCUGGACAAGGACUGUGAGGACCAGGAGCUGGACAGAGGAAGAGCAGCUCUUGCUGAAUGGCCAGGUCUGCCCUGCAGUCCAGCCCAACCGAGGAAGAGGAAAUGGAAUCAGAACACAGGGAAGCCUCCACGCAGCCUGCAUGUCCAGGACUUGGACAGUGUUAAAGACAGCUUUGAAUGCCAGGACUCCACUGGCCUGUUUGGGACAGAGCAACAAGGUAACAGUCCUGCCCUUGGGACUGCAGCCCACAUGAGGGAACUUGGUUUUCCAAGGUGGAAACUACCAAGCCCUGUCCUGCAGGCUAAGGCCCAAUCUUCUAAAUGGGCACGGUUUCUCCUGUCACCUGGGAACAGCCCACAUGUGGAUGGAAACCCAUCAAGGCCUCUGCAGGAGAGCACCAGGCUAGCUGACCCAGCACAAGCUGAGCAAGGGACCCUUGAGGCCAGGAUUCCAGGUGAUGGCCACUUCAGCAGGGCUCCUGCCAUUGUCCAGCCUGCCCAAACCACUCACACUGCCAUACCCCAGCCAGAGAGGCCUAGCAAGAAGACCCCAGAUCAGCCAUGGGCCACAGGGACUCCUCAAGCAGAUGGUAGGCCCUUGGCUCAAGGGGCACAGAAGGCCCCAUCCAUGCAACUGUACAACCUCUUUACAACUGGGGAGGACUUUGAAGAUGACCUGUAGCCU